GUUGAUUGGGCAGAGCUGCCGGUCAUCGACUUCUCCAAAGCGAAUACACCGGAGGGUCGUGCGGAGCUCGCGCCUCGAGUGCGUGACGUCAUGCGAACGGUCGGAUUCAUGUGCAUUGUCAAUCACGGCUUGACUCAGUCUCAGACCGAGCGCAUGUUUGACAUCGGCGAUGUGGUGUUCAGUCAGGUUCCGGAGGAAGAGAAGAUACAAUUCUCGUCAAAGCUCAAGGAGGAAGGAACGAGGAUUGGAUACAAGCCCCGACAGCUAUUCGUGACGGACAACGGGGUACGCGACCAAUACGAACAGUACGCAGUGCACCGUACGGUGUUUGGUAGACAGAAACAUCCAAAGGCGCUAGAGCUUUACCUUCCCGAAGUGCGCGCGUUUGCAGAGCACAACCACCAUGACGUUCUCCACAAUAUUUUGAGGCUCCUCGCUCUGGGAAUGGAGAUACCUGAAGAGACGUUCGUCAAGAUGCAUGGUUUUGAUGCUACCGGGGACUCGCAUGUUCGCUGGAUCAAAUACUUUCCUCUGACAGAGGAGGAUGAGGUCAAGACGAACCACGUCUGGCUUAGGGGGCAUACCGACACCGGGACUGUAACGAUCUUAUACAGUCAGCCCAUCUCAGCCCUCCAGAUCCAGUCACCCGACCAUAAAUGGCGCUGGGUCAAGCACAUCGACAAUGCCCUGGUGGUCAACAUCGGCGAGUCGAUGGAGAUGCUCUCUGGCGGUUUCUACAAAGCGACAAUCCACCGUGUUGUCCAGCCUCCCGCGGAUCAGCACGGUCUUAUCCGCCUCGGAAUGUACUAUUUCGCUCUAGCGGACGAUGAUGUGAAGCUCGUUCCUGUCGAGAGUCCCGUGCUCGAGCAGGAGGGCGUGACGCGGAUGUCCGAGGACGGGCCUGCGCUGACCAUGGAGGAGUUGCGGAAGAUACGCUACCGUGCGUUCGGGCUGAAGGAAGCAAAUACGGCAGCGGGCGGGGAAGAGCACAUCGUCGAGAACGGUGUAGUGGUAUUGAAGUACUACAACUGA